AGUGGGCGUGACGCGUCAUCAGCAACGUCACGAUCUGCACGCGAUAGAAGCGUCGACCCGAUACAGGAGCUCCAUCCGAAAUUGUUGGAGGUGCGCGGAUUCAGGCUUAGCAGCACUUUUUGAGGAGGACCUGAGCAGCAUAAUGCCAGAGCCGGCUGAAAUGAGUGGUCCAGAGGUGGCAAAGACUCCAGGAGGCGGUGCUCCAGGAAAGGAAGGAAAAGAGCCCAUGGCCAACGGGCACACAGGAGAGGGCGGUGAUGUCAACCCGUUUGCAGAGUACAUGUGGAUGGAGAAUGAAGAGGAGUACAACAGACAGGUGGAAGAGGAGCUGUUGGAGCAGGAGUUCUUGGAGCGAUGCUUCCAGGAAUUGCUGGAAGAGGAGGACCAGGAUUGCUUCAUUCCGUCACGUGACUACCAGGGGAUGGGGCAGCUGCAGCAGCAGCUCAACGGCCUGUCUGUCAACGACCACCACAGCAACCUGGAGGAAGUGGCAAGGAAGAGCAGGUUGAAUCCUGAAGCGAAGGAGUUUGUCCCGGGGAAGAAAUACUAGGAGUCGUCCUCACCCCCGUGGAGCCUCCGGGCUCGUGCACGCACCAGUUCUCACAUUUUCUCAAAGACUCUAGCGGCUUUGAUCGCAUACACACAUUAAAUUCGACGGUGCGCUGGCAGGUCCGGAUGGGGGGUGGGGGGAUCUCUUCAUUCUUUUGUCCUUUAAACUUUCCCUUUUUAUUUUUCUCUUUUGUGAAGUGAGGGAUGAUGGGAACAGGGGUGGGAGAGGAGUGUCAUACCAGCAUCGCCCAACUGUGGGCACUAGCUAAUCAUCGCAUUUCACAUAACACUGAUAACGUCUGCAGAGCUCAAAGUCCCCGGGCAACUGAGGCAGCUACCGCGAAGAGAUGCCAAGACUGAAAAUUAAAGUCAAAUAUUGAAAUAAACUCAAUUCUGACUGCUAAAGUGCUGACAAAUUGGAAUUCUGAGUGUUUCUGUAACUGUUCGGUUGCAGAAUGAUCUUUGAGGGGUUGUUGUAGGUUUCUGUUGGCGCUCUGCAGAGUUGUUUAGUUAGCGUUUGUUCCGAUGAUGUCAUAAGUUAAGACAUCGCAGGUGUUUUUGUGCAGCGGCUCUGUUCUAAACCAAAUACCAGCUCACUGUCCCUGCUUUUUUUUUUUUUUUUAAAUAAACUGCACAGUCAGGAAGUAAGAAAAAAAAAAUAUCAAUUGAUGUGGAUGUUUGAGCUUUUAUAACAGGAUGUCCAAAUCUCAUUUACUGAUAAAAUAACUCUGUUGGACAGAAACUGCUGGUUAAAAAUAAGUUGUAUUUGUCCCUACCUUUAUGCCUUAUUUCCAUUUGGAUUAAUGAUACUUUUACAAAAGCAUUUGGUUUGGACCAUGGCUGCUGUCCUUUUGUUUGUACCGGGACAAUUAGAUUUGACCAGCAUAUGAUUCAGUGUUGACUUUCAAAUGAGGUUUUCAAGUAGCCUCUCGUGCUCUUCUUGUACAUCUUUUUUUUUUUUUUUUCCCCCCCCCUUUGUGUAUUUUGAAGAUGGAGGCGCUCCGUCUCUCCACGGGUGUCACCGUAGCCUGCAAUGUCCAUUCAGUCCCGUGAGCAGGAGGAAAGCUUCUUUGCAGUUCUUCUGUCGGAGAACUCAGACUGAAUUUUCAGGAAGCUCUUUUAGCCACUGGUCUCGUUCCUCCUUGAAGCAGUCCUGCUUUAGCGAUAAGUAUAAACUCCAUUAACUUGUGAGCCAAUAGGAAACAGUUGUAUAGGUCAAGGUAUUUUCAGGAAAUCGGAUAACAGUAUUUGUUAGUUAAUCCACUGUGGGAGUCGCUUGAUGGUGAAAAGAGACUGUGUGGUUCAUAAUUAGAACUUUGAGAACCUUUAGUUGAUCCACAGUGACAUUUGUUAACAGUAACAGUUAUGUGCACUUCAGUGUUGUUGGACCAACAAAUCAAAGUACUUUAUCCAUCUGUGCAGUUGUUGGGUUUUUUUUUAUAUUUUUUUUUUAAAAAUAAAUAUCAGAAGCACCCAGUCUUUGGUUAAAAGCAAACUUGGUACACUGCACUGGACCGCAGCUAUUGAACGAUGCCCCGAUAAAACCCAUAGGAAUUGUCCGCCAGGUGGAUUAUACUACAUGAAAUCAUUUUUGGUGAUUUUGAGUUAAAGAUGACAAACUGUUAAAAGUAUGAAAUUUCAAUACAGA